GAUGACGUUUAACCCUGUGUAAACACAAGACAAGCACUUGGCUCACUGCUGUUUGUUCCUAAAAUAAAAAAUCAAAAGUUCAGCCUUAAUACAAAGACAAUGUUUCAGAUAUCCGGCCGUCUUAGUCAAGGAUCGAUUUUUGUUUGAUUAAUUUAUCAGGGUUGAAUAUCAGAAGACAAUGAAGUUUGCAGAACAUCUUGGUGCCCACAUCACACCAGAGUGGAGGAAGCAAUACAUACAGUAUGAGGCCAUGAAAGAAAUGCUUUAUGAAGCUCAGGAGCAAGCACCCUCCCCAGAAGUGACAGAUGAAAGCACCAUUCACAGAUUUCUUGCCAGAUUUGAUGAACGCUUUUUCCAGUUCUGUGACAAAGAAUUAUCCAAGAUCAACACCUUUUUUUAUGAAAAAAUAUCUGAGGCCAAUAGGAAAUAUGCUAGUUUAAAAGCCGAAUUGGAGGCAUACAAUGAACACUCAGCCAAACCGUCCACCCUGGGGGGACUUCGUCAUCGCAGACAGAAUGGAGUGUACGCUCUGUUCAAGGACAAAGAGAAGCAGGGAAUAUCCCACGCCCGGAAACACAACGACCUGAAGCUGGCCUUCAGCGAGUUUUACCUCAGCCUCAUUCUCCUCCAGAACUACCAGAACCUCAACUUCACAGGGUUCAGGAAAAUCCUCAAAAAACAUGACAAGCUUAUGCAGACACAGCGGGGUGGUGAAUGGCGUCAGGGGAAUGUUGAGACAGCCCCUUUCUAUACCAAUAAAGAGGUGGAUCAUUUAAUCAAGGAGGUGGAGAGUGUUGUAACAACAGACUUAGAGGGAGGUAACAGGAGUAAGGCCAUGAAGCGGCUGAGGGUGCCACCUUUAGGUGAAAAGCAAAACCCAUGGACAACAUUUCGUGUUGGAUUGUUUUCUGGUUGUUUUCUAGUGUUAACAGUCUGCAUUAUAAUCACUGCCAUAUUUCCCCUUGAUGACACCCUGAAGUGGGAUACUGCAGUACAGAUGUACAGAGGGCUAUUCCUUGUUAUUCUCAUCAUCUUUCUCCUUGGGAUCAAUACUUACGGCUGGAGGUCAUCUGGGGUCAAUCAUGUUCUAAUAUUUGAGAUUGACCCGAGACAUCAUCUAUCUCACCAACAAUUACUAGAGUUGGCCUCCUUUCUGGCUGUGCUCUGGGCCCUGAAUGUGCUAGCCUUCCUGUACAGUAAGUUCAUCCACAUCCCGCCCUAUGCCUGUCCCCUGGCUCUGGUGAUAUUCCUCAUCCUGUACCUCAUCAAUCCAUUCCCGAUUCUCCACUACAGCUCAAGGAUGUGGCUGCUCAAGAUUCUGUUCCACAUUCUGACGGCUCCAUUCCACCACGUUGGAUUCGCUGAUUUCUGGCUGGCUGACCAGUUAAACAGUCUCUCCACAGUACUGCUUGACUUUGAGUACAUGGUCUGUUUCUAUGGUUUUGAGGUGAACUGGCUGCCAAAUCCUGACACUUCUCAUGUCUGUACAAAGAAUGUGUAUUCCGUCGUUCUGAGGGCCGUUAUAAGUUGUCUGCCAGCGUGGUGGCGAUUUGCUCAGUGUUUACGACGUUACCGAGAUACCAAGAUGGCUUUUCCCCAUUUAGUGAACGCUGGAAAAUAUUCAACCACAUUCUUUAAUGUUUUGUUUUCAACACUUUACAAAGUAGAAACAGUUGUUAAUGAUAACCAAGGAUCUAUGCAAAACCAUGCCUUCUUUUUCCUGUGGAUUGCUUUUGCAAUCAUAAGUUCUUGUUACACUUUGACAUGGGAUCUUAAAAUGGAUUGGGGAUUGUUGGAUUCCAAUGCAGGAGAAAAUAGAUUUUUACGAGAGGAGGUUGUUUAUGCGUACAAAGCUUACUACUAUUUUGCGAUAGUAGAAGACUCCAUCCUUAGAUUUGUGUGGACUCUCCAUGUAUCAUUAGGGGAAGGUAUUUUGUUUCAACAGAGGGAAGCUCUCACAACUAUAUUAGCAUCUUUUGAGGUAUUCAGGAGAUUUGUUUGGAACUUUUUCCGUUUGGAAAAUGAGCAUCUCAACAACUGUGGACAGUUCAGAGCAGUGAGGGAUAUUUCUAUCGCUCCAAUAGACUCAAAUGACCAGAACCAGUUGGAGGAAAUGAUGGACGAAGAUGAUGGAGUAUUUACAUAUCGUAGUGAAAAACGUAAACUCUUGUCAAGCAACCAUAAGAGGAGUAAAAGCUCGGCUACCUUGAGAUCUCGCCGCUCUUCCGCCAUCUUUCGUUUCAUGGACCCGGGGAAAGAAGGAUAAACAUGAUGAGGAGAAAAUCAAAUGGAACUUUAAAGGUGUAUAAAACUCGGAGGUUCAUCAAUACCCAUCCGAGUGGACACCUAAUGGAGACAAUCCAACCAGACUCCGUCGUCAGUGAUGUGUUCAGAGUGAUCGGUUUCGUCUGUGAUAGAUAAGUGUGCAUUUUGUGUGUGGCAGGGUGUGUGUGUUGUGUGUAGGUGUGAGAGAACAAUGCAAUUUACAUGCAUUCCUGUGACAUGGAGACACCAUUAGUUCUAGAAGGUGACAGCGAGGGUGAAGCCUAAUCCACUUUGUGCCGAUGUUCCAUAAUUCCACAAAAAUGGUUGACCUCCGCCUGUACACAAUACUAAUAAAUGAUUGGAAGUAAACACACAUUGUGUUUAUAUAUAUGUGUAUGAUUUAACUGUGUGAUGAUAUAUAUGUUGUAUUGGCGGAUUACGAUUGUAAUUUUGUCUGGUUAUUUUUGUAUAUCAAAAAUCAUGACAAUGAUGACCAAUACAUUUUCGAUUUUUUUUUUUUGAAGAAGGUAGGAUAUCUUUCAGUUUUGUUUCAAUAUUUGUUUUUAUUCCACAAAGUUUUUAUGUCUACAUAUUGAUGAAAUGAGCCAAAAGUACUAUAGGGAUUUGUUCUUUUUUAUUACAAUCUCAAUUUUGUGGGGUUCACGAUCAGGACCUUGUCAUCCCAAAUAUUUCUCAACCAUUGUUCAAACGUUUUUGGUACAUGUACUGUAAACGUGGUUAUAUUGACGAGUUCAAAAUUUGACGAUUUUUUAAGUAAGAGACGAUUGGCGAGUUUUAAUUUUGACGAAUUUGUGAAUAAGAGUAAGAGUUAUCUAUCUUUGAUUUCUUAUAAUGCCAGGGUUAUAGUUAUCUUUCUUGCGAACUCUUUUACAAGCGUUGGUAUUAAUAAAAUUUAACUUUGAUUGAAAAAAAAAGUCUGUACAGAUUAGAUGGAAUAAAAUUGUUCUUUGUAUUUUGUUUUUAUUCACUAUACGAUAUUGCCUGAGGUAAUAAAGUAGGUCCAACACGGCAUGAUAAUUACGCACGCAAAGUUAUUAUAGAAUGUUGUGACGAUUGAGUGAUAAUUGCAUUUAAAACAUGCUUAUUAGAUUUUAUGGGUUUUUUCAAUGCUAAUUACGUGUUUUUAUAGCUAUUUACAUAAAUGAAUCAUUAACUUCGAUCUAGUCCUAACGGGAUACUGCCGAUAAAAAUUCUGGUAUUAAUACGCUAUAUAUAUGAUGUGAAGUUUGGCGAGUGGAAAUUUUGACGAGAAAAUAAAAAUCGCCAACAUAGUCAAAAUAAACACAUCGUCAAAAUUUCCACGUUUACAGUAUUCUGUUUUUCAGAUAAUCUUGAUUGUUUGCAAGAGAAUUCAUAUUUUGCAGGCUUCUGAUUAAGAUAUGAUAUGUAGUUUUGAGCUCUUGUUGUAGGAUUAAUUACAUAACUUAACCCCAGAUAUCAAAAUCUUUUGUGCAAUAUAUAAAGCUUCAACUUGUGUAAGAUUUACAGAUGUCAUUCAUACUUACCUGGUUGUACAUUAUGUGAUUUUUAAAUCUUUAAAAAAGGACAGUUGCAAUCCAAAUCAAAUGUACUCUCUGAGUGGAGCAGUAUUUUCUGUAAUUUAAGUGGAGUUUCUCCACCUUGAAACACCAUGAUGACACCAAUGAUAAGGUUUAUAUCACCCAUAUAUGUUCUGGACCUGGUACACAUUUACAGUUCUGAAACUGAAUACAUGUUUUGAUUUUUUAGCUGUUUUUUUGUGUGACAACUUGUGUGCUGAUUUAUUGUAAACCAAUAUCUUUCAUUGUAAUUGUGAUAUUCAAUAGAAUAUUUUUUUUUUAUCUUUCCAUUUCAUUCUAUUUUCUGAUUCUUCAUUUCUGAAAUUUUUUUUGUGUAUUCUCUCCAACUCUUUCUCUCCCACUCCACAAGAUUUUAUCAUGCAAUACGUCCACUCUUCUAAUUGCAAUACUCCAACCAGCUGUUCAAAUUAGCAUAUUUUAUCAGGGAUGCUUUCUUCUGCAUAUUUUGUUAAAGAUAUAAUUAAUAUGUCCAGUGUGUUGAAAAUCACCAAAUCAUUCCAUAGAUACUCAUUUCAAAAUAUGAAAUAUGAAAAUUGCUUACCAGAAAGUAAUGUAACAGUUAUUGUUUUUAUUUAAUUAUUAACUAAAAUUUUCUUUCAUUGAAUACCAAAGGGGUUAAAAAAAAACUAGCUCAACUAAUAUCACUGUAUAUGUAGUAUAACCUAUUGAACGCUUUUUUUGUCUCCAUCAUAAAGUUUGUGAAAAGGACAUCUAAUCUACCCAAAAAUAAGUUUGGUACAUUAAAUAGGUUGUUAGAGUAAUUAAUAUACAAAUAAAUAUAAUGUAGCAAUAAUUUGAUAAUAUAGCAAAUAAUAAUAUAAUACAUGUAAUAUAGCAAAUAAAUGCAUUCAUUUUCAAUAUUGUUUUUUUUUUUAAUGUAAAUGUACAUGUAAUUAUUUAUUGAAAUAGAUCCAUAUUUACAGACAAAUAAAAUUUAAUCUUACUUUACAAUAGUCGUUCAGACACUGGUGCUUGGAAAUGGACAGAUAUACAGUAAAAAAUUUGGCCUUAUACUGAAACAAUUAAGACAAAUAAUAUUUAUUGUUAUGCAUAGGUACUUGUACAUUAAUGUGUAGUCAUAUAUGUGGUUCCCAGACAAUGUGUUUGUUCAGCACACAGCUUUUGGGGAUUCGUGUGUAAUUAAAUUUGUUUACUUAUAUGUAGGAAUGUUUUAUAUACCUGUAUUAUGUUUGUUUUUUAGUUGAUAUAAAAUUACAUCUUUAUAUUACAUGUAUUAAUGUAAUCAGAGUAACAGGAUUAUUGUUACAGUAUUUAUAUAUCUUGUACAAAUUCAGGUAUAAUGACAGGCUACUGUGAUAUUUCACUGCUAGCAGAGUAACCAUUACCACACAUAAUUCAGCAUACCAUUUCAUGGCUGCUUACACUCUAAAUGCAUCAAGUAUGUAGUUGUAUAUCUGGCCUACCGUGUAUUUCAGCUCAGUGUUAAUUUCUGGGCUUUGUUGUUCUUAAUAAGUUAGCUGCUAGAUCCCAUUGUGUUUUGAUGUAGCCAGAUAUUCUGAAAUGAUUGCAGGGUUUAAAUUAUUAACUUUGUUUUGUCUUGCAUUAUUAUUUGUUCCUAUAUGGUAUUUCCAGUAAACAUAUCAGUAGUCAUUUCAUGUUUGUUUCACAAGAGAUAAAGCUAGACUCUUAAUGUUGCACAAUACUUAAUGUUAGUAAAUUACAAUUGGCUUUUCUUGGUGCAAAAUGUUUUAAUUUAGUAACAAAAUUAUAUAUAUAUAUAUAUAUAUAUAUAUAUAUAUAUAUAUAUAUAUAUAUAUAUAUAUAUAUAUAUAUAUAUAUAUAUACACACACACACACACACACACACACACACACACACACACUAAGGGAAAGUACGAGGAGUACUUUAAUAUGCAUAAUAAUGAAAGUGAUGUCAGGAAAUGGCAUGAGUGCUUAAUAUCUGACCCUAGUCAACUUGCCAGUUGCAUGUGUACUGUUAUUCGGAUUUUAAUAUGUAGUUUGCAAUAUAAAUAUUCUUCAUCGUUCUGCCAAAAUGUGUUUUAACUGCAUUUAAUAGAUAAAUGUGUUUUUUAAUGUUGAUAUUUUGGUGUGCUUUUAGUUAAUUAACAUUAAGUGUGUCAUAAUAACUCAAUAAAGAUAUCAACUGAC